AUGGAACAGCAGGACAACAAAAGUUGGGCCCCAGUUCACCAUGCUGCAGUAAGAAAUUAUGUCAAGUCUGUGGAACGGUUUAUUGAGACACUGGGUGUGGAACAGCUAGAAAUUGAAACUAGUGAUGGCCUUAGAAAUACUCCACUCCUUCUUGCAGUCUCUACUGCAAGCCAACAAACAAUAGAAGUUCUUGUACAUCUUGGGGCCAGUGUUUCUGCAGUCAACAAGCUCCUGCAUGGUGUGGUAGAAAUCAGUGCACUGCAUGGAUAUAUGGACCUGCUGGAAUAUUUUAUCCAGCUUGAUAACCCAAGCUUGAAUGUGUACCAAAGACUUGUAACAUUUUUAACUUCCGAUAAUGAUAAAGAAUCCUUGAGUGCAGCAAAAGCCAUUGCAUAUCUGAUCAGUAGGAAGGAAAAUGAAUUUAGUAUCUUAGCCCAGAAUUUCAUAGACAAUGGUUUAGUUUCUGUUCUAAUCAAUGUGCUUAAAAGAAACAGGGGACAAGAUGCCAUAGAAAAGGCAUUGGAUAUCUUAAAUGAAAUUCUGAAAGAUGCUGCUGUUAAACAGAUGGUCUUCCAAAGCAAUGGUUUCCCUGUACUUAUGUCUAUAAUAUAUAAAGAAAUUCAUAAAGGAUUAACACAGCUCCUUCAUGGGGCUGUUGCUGCCAUACAUGAAAUUGCUUCAGACUGUGAUUAUAGUGAGGCACUUUUCUCAGCUGAUGUAAUACCUGUUAUCACAAAGGUGCUUCAUAUGGCCACAGACAUAAGCAACCAUUUUAGCAAUGAAAACAGCAACAAUAUUCUAUUAGGAGCAGUGAAGACUCUGGGAAUGGUGGCGACAGGCAGUGCAAGCUGCAAGAAGGCAAUUGGUAGUGAGCAAGGAUGCCUUUCCGCUUUGCUGUUGCUUUAUGAAAAAUAUCAGUCAAAAGGAUUACUUCUAACUUUAAAUGAAACUGUGGCAAGCAUCAUAUCAAACAAUAAGAAUAACCAAGAUUCCUUUAUCCGUAAACAUGGAACACGACAUCUGAUUCAAAUGCUGAAGCUGAAAAGCAAGAAUCUGCAGCUCAGUGCUAUGAAAACUCUAAGCAGGCUAGCAGAAGGCAAUCCUACUGCACAGAAAAACAUACUGGAAAAUAAUGCCAUCUCACCCUUGAUACAGAUGCUGAAAAGAGAUCGAACUCAGACUGUACAAGAAAUUGUUGCAGAGACGUUAUGGGCUCUAGCUGGAGAAGAUGUGGAAGAAAAAAGAGCCAUUGCAUCAGUAAUAGGUAUAAACUUCCUAGUGGAGUUCUUGGCCUCUCUGUCUGAGAAGCUACAGCACAUUGGAAUCGAAGGACUCAGGGUUCUUGCUGAGGGAGCGCAUGACAAAAAAGACAACAUUGCGUCACUGAAUGGAGUGCAGCAUCUUGUACGACUGUUGCGAUCGCAAAGUGAAGCCAUUGUUCUGAGUACAAUGCAGGCACUUCAGCACAUGUGUCUUAGUGUUGGUUACAUUCCUCAUCAUCAGAACCAGAAAACUAUUGCUAACUGCCAAGGCCUGAAUUUUCUAGUUGCACUAAUGGCCCAUUCCAGAUCUGGAAAUAUCCAGGCUGAAGCUGCCUAUACAAUUGCCGCUGUAGUACUAGGCAACAGUGAAAACAAGGCGAUGUUGUAUGAGAAUUCAGACUUCAGUUAUAACCAUAUUCUCCACCUACUGUAUACAUCCAAGGAGGAGAUCCAGCUCGUAACCACUGCUGCCUUAACAACCUUCGCAUUUAACAAUAUCAGACAGCAAAGGGAGAUUGUCAAAGCUGGAGGAGUGCAGUGGUAUAACUUUCAGCCUUUUCUAGGCUGUAGCAAUGAAACUGAUAGACUUAAUGCUGCUUUUCAGUGUGUGGUUCUCUCGCAGAUUAUCCCAGAUAAUGAGCCUGCUGAUUCUGCUGCAAUUGGAAUUAAGACAAUUGUGGAUAUAUUAGAAUAUUCAACAUCAAAGGACACCUUGGCACUGGCAGCAGAUUGCUUAGCCCGCCUGGCGCAUACUAGAGCAGGAAUUCCAUCCGCUAUAGUUUCAAUAAAUGCAGUUCCUUUGCUCUGCAGUUUGCUUUCCAGUCCUUCAAAGCAGGCAAGAGGAUGUGCUGCCAUUGCCCUUGGCUACCUUAGUUUUAAUCACGUGGCAGAAAGACAACUACUAAGAUGGUGCAGAGAGGAGCCACACCUAGUGAAAGUACUGCUGCAGUAUACAAAGAGACACAAACUAUCAGUACAUUUUCUGGAAGGCUGGAAACACCUGAAAAAACUUGGACUCCCUCUCAUCCGAAAUGAGAAGACGAAAGAAGCAAGCAUACAGAAGAAUAAAAGCAGGGAAACAACCUGGAUUAAGACAUAAUAAAAAGGGAUACUCAGCCUCAAAAUUUUAUCAACUGUGUUUCUUUAGUAAACAAUGUGUUUGGUGAAUUUUAUAUUUAAUGAAGAUCAUUUACAAAUUUUUUCAUACAACUUGCUCAUAUAUAUUAUCUGUAUAACAAUACUUAACAAAAGACUCAUGUUUAUCUAAUGUAUGUGGACACUAAUGCUUUGUACAGGCACAAAAUGGUUUGUGCAGGAAAUAAAAAGUUAUAUUUUACUGUUUUGGAACAGGUGAUAAAAACACCAAUAGGUGGUCUCUGGGAGUAUACACUGGAAUAUAGAGAACUUCUAUGGCAAGUUAGACUUGAUGCUAGUGAGAAACCUGGGUUAAAUGAAGCUAUUUCAUUAGCCAGCUUACUAAAAUUAAGAGCAGCCAAAUUGUAAUCAAACAAUAAUAAUACAAAGGGACAAAUGACUGUUUUAUUAUUUUAUGUAUU